AUGGGUGCAGCCAUCAGACCAGCCAUGAGAGCAACAAUGAGACCAGCAGCAGCAACCCUAGGAGUAAGGGCCUAUCACCCAAAGGUGAUUGAUCACUACACAAACCCAAGAAAUGUCGGCUCGCUAGAUAAAAACUUGCCAAAUGUCGGAACAGGGCUAGUGGGUGCACCAGCAUGUGGAGAUGUGAUGAAACUACAGAUCCAAGUCAACGACGAGACUGGUGUUAUAGAAAAUGUGAAGUUCAAGACUUUUGGGUGCGGAUCUGCCAUCGCUUCUUCUUCGUAUAUGACCGAGCUAGUCCGUGGUAAGACUUUGGACGAUGCAGCAAAGAUAAAAAACACAGAAAUCGCAAAGGAACUCAGCUUGCCUCCAGUGAAGCUUCAUUGCUCAAUGUUGGCUGAAGAUGCCAUCAAAGCUGCUAUAAAAGACUACAAGAACAAGAGACAACCUACGCAAUUGAAAUGA